UGUGUGCUCUUAUACGGCUUUUAUCGGGACUGCACACUACCUCAGGCUGUCGAGGCUGCCUCUUGAAAAAGAGAGUGCACGGACAGAAGAAAACACUUUAACAAGAUGUCUCCUGCUGAGUUCUGGAUAGUGCUGCUGGGAUGUUUAUCCAUGUGUCAUGCAGCACCUACUGUUGCUCCAACAUUCUCGCCUCAGGAAGAAAACUUGGCCACGGACUACCUCUCUCAGUUCUACGGAGAUGUCGGCAUGACAAACUCCACGUUACGAAGCCUUUCUAAUAACUCAUUCAGCCAAGAUCUCCAGGCUAUGCAGGCCUUCUUUGGCCUGGAGGUGACCGGUGUCUUGAAUAAUGAGACCGUUGAGGUGAUGAAGGCACCGAGGUGCGGCGUGUCAGACAUCAGCCGAUAUGGACACUUCCCCGGGAAACCCAAAUGGGAAAAAAGGCUUAUUACGUACAGGAUCACUCAGUACACCUCAGACCUGACGCAAAGCCAGGUGGACACAACCAUCGCUCAAGCUUUCAAACUCUACAGCGACGUCAUCCCACUGGAUUUCAAACAGAUCUACAGCGGCACUGCGGACAUCAUGAUCCUCUUCAAGGGUGGAUAUCACGGGGACUUUUACCCCUUUGACGGCAGAGGCGGAGUCCUAGCCCAUGCUAACUCGCCCGGACGCAAUCAGGGAGGGGACACGCAUUUUGAUGAUGAUGAAACAUGGACUUUAACCCAAAGAGGUGUGAAUCUGCUGUUGGUGGCAGCUCAUGAGUUUGGCCAUGCUCUGGGUCUGGACCACUCCAGGGACAGAAGAGCACUGAUGUUUCCCACUUAUCAAUAUGUUAACACAAAUGGAUACCGACUGCCAGACGAUGACAGACGAGGGGUCCAAGCUCUUUAUGGAAGCCGAACGCCAGUGCCAAAACCACCAAAACCCGAACCUCGCCCUGAUCCAGAACCUGAGCCUGAGCCGGAGGACCCAACUGAGGAUCCAAAUACGAAUCCCACAGAUGAACAAUGCAGUCGCGACCUUGUGUUUGAUGCUGCUACGUCUAUCAAGGGAGACCUGUACUUCUUCAAAAGCGGGUAUUACUGGAGGAAGAGCACAAGUUUCGCAGGAAUCCGUUUAAUUAAAGUGAACACAAAAUGGUCACAAAUCAACUACGUGGAUGCUGCCUUUGAAGUCCCAUAUAAAAAUGUGGCGUAUCUUUUUCAAGGACAGCAAUACUGGGGCAUCAGAGCUCGUGCGAAGACAGUUAUGCCAGGUUUUCCAAAGUCUAUCACCAGCCUUGGCCUUCCCUCCUCACUCAGUAAGCUGGAUGCUGCCGUUCAUGUGACAUCUACAGGAAAAACCCUCUUUUUUGCAAAACAUAAGUAUUGGAGCUAUGAUGAAAGAAGUAACCGAAUGGACUUUGGAUAUCCAAGAUUCAUCAGUCAGGACUUUCCUGGUAUUGGUUCCAAAGUUGAUGCAGCCUUCGAGAAUUAUGGUUAUCUAUAUUUCUCAGAUGGCCCUAGACAGAGUGAGUACUACCUGCCGUACAGGAGAGUGAUGCGUGUGCUGCUCAACUACGGCUGGCUCAACUGCUACUGA